GGCUUUCCCCCCGUCCAUCGGCUGUGUGUUCGGCAGUCAAGGUCGGAGGCGGCAAGUGAACAAUAAAAUCAUGGCCGUGCUACGCCCCUCCAUUUCGUCGGGUGCCCCUCUUUUAAUUCAUCUAUCGCAGGGUCUCCUACUCGGUGUUUUUCUCAUUGACUUAUUGACUCAACAGCUUUCAAAUCCUCCAAAAUGGCGACUCCCGGCCUGCUUUACGUGACGAUGCAUCCGCGUCCCUCGCUCCCCGCCGCUCAGUUCCACGACUGGUACAACUCGGAACAUGGACCCUUGCGUCUACGCUUGCCUUUCGUCACCAACGGCUUCCGGUAUCGUGCUGUUGAUGGCGAGGAGCCUGAGUGGGUAGCUUGGUAUGACAUUACGGAGAUGGAGGAGUUGACGCGCGAGACCUACCUGGCUCUGCGGGGAGAUGGUAUCAAGACUCCGCGAGAGAAGGCCACUAUGGCUCAAAUUGCCGUCGAUCGCCGCCUCUACGACUUCCUGGGUGAACAAAAAGCCGCCGAUUACACUCCGCUCGAGGAUCAACCUGAUACCACUGUGGCCGGCUCGGUGCUCGUCGCCGUCUCCACCACUCUUGUCGACGACGCCGACAAAGAGGCCGAUUACAACCGCUGGUACACCGAGGAACACAUCCCAAUGCUCUCCCGCGUGCCCGGCUGGCGCUGCUCCCGUCGCUUCGUGACCGCCGCCAUCGACCCCAAGGCCCCCCGCGAAUACUUGACGCUCCACGAGUACAAAGCCACCAAUGGCCUGGGAGGUCCGGAACACAAGGCUGCCAUGGAUACCCCUUGGCGCACUCGGAUUGUCAACGACACGAUCACCAGCCAGCGUCGUCGUGUCUUUGAGUGGGCCUACACCUUCGGACCCGCCCCCCGCGAGCUCUCUUCCCUGGCUUCCAAGGAUGUUGCUGGGCCGUGGUCGUCCAACGACGGCCGCACCCGUACUCUUCCCUCCCCUACCCGCCCAGCCGUCGAGUCAUUUGUCACCACCGCGGACGGUGUCGACCUUCCCUACCGGUUGGAGGGCAGCACUGACCCUCACAGCCCCGUCAUUGUACUGAGUAACUCGAUUUUGGUGGAUUACGCCAUCUGGGAUGAUUUUGUCAGCGCUUUCCUCGCGGAUCCCCGCAACCAGGGCUUCCGUAUCCUGCGCUACUCCACCCGUGGCCGUCUGCAGGCCUGUGGCAAGCAGCCGAUCAACAUCGAUGUGCUCGCUUCCGAUAUCAUCGCCCUGCUAGACGCACUGCGCAUUCCUCAAGCCACUCUGAUCGGCGUUAGCUUGGGAGGUGUCACGGUUCUCAAUACUGCAUUGCGCUAUCCUACUCGCGUGACGCGCUUCAUAUCCUGCGAUACCAACAGCUCCAGCCCCGAGUCUAACCGCAAGGCCUGGAAUGAUCGCGUAGCUGUGGCCGAGCGCGAGGGUGCUGUCUCUGCUACCACCCAGGAGACGAUUGUUGGUGACGAGCUGGCCGAGGUCACUGUUCGUCGGUGGUUUACGCCGGAGUCCUAUGAGACCCAGCCUCAUCUCCCCGCUCAGGUGAAGGAGUUGGUGCGCACCAACAGCCUUGAGGGCUUCCGCCAGAGCGUCCAGGCUCUCUGCGCAUACGAUGUCCGGGAACAGAUGGCGCAGGCGCAGGUUCCAGGUCUCUUUGUCGCUGGCGACAGCGAUGGUGUGCUUCCGAAGACCAUGCAACAGAUGGCGGCCGACCUCAAGGGUGAUGCGGAGCUCAAGCUCAUCCCCAAGGCCGGACACUUGCCCAUGGUCGAGAACGCUCCUGCCUUCACCCAAGUAGUUAACGAAUUCCUCCACAAGUAGUUAUGCACAAAACUCAAUGAAU